AUGCUCAAACAAUGGGUCGCAUUGCUUCUCAUCGUACAAGCUGUUGAAACGCUUUCAUUCGCUGAAAUCAACGGAUGGUGGCAUGGUGAUAGUUCACCACAAGAUGAGAGCAAUCCACAAGCGGCCCAUAAAAGGGUUAAACAACCACCACCACAACAACGACUACCACAACGACCACAACAACUACCACUACUACUACGACCACAACCACAACUACAACAACAACCACCACAACAACGACUACCACAACCACCACAACAACCACCACGACGACUACAACAACUACAACUACAACUACGACGACGACAACCACGACUACAACCACAACCACAACCACCACAACAACGACCACAACAACUACCACUACUACUACGACCACAACUACAACGACAACGACGACUACCACAACGACCACAACAACCACCACCACAACAACCACCACGACGACUACAACAACUACAACUACAACUACAACCACGACUACAACCACAACAACAACCACCACAACAACCACCACGACGACUACAACAACUACCACUACAACUACAACAACGACCACAACUACAACGACAACGACGACGACGACGACCACAACGACCACAACAACUACCACUACUACUACGACCACAACAACAGUCCCAACUACAACUCAAAUGUGUUGUCCACCGAAUGGAACUUGGACAGAGUGGACGGCACAAGGCCAAUGUCCAGACUACUGUGGUUCAUGCGGAAACAUCACAUACACUCGUACCUGUUCCUCGCUUGCCAGCGGCUGCCCUUGCAAUGGGCAAACUCAACGUGUUGACCUUUGCAAUA